CCAGGCGAGGGAAAGGGGCUGCGGGGCGCGGGCCCGCGGCCGGGGGCGGACAAUGGGGGCGCGGGGAGGUGGCGGCAGGAAGAUGGCAGCGGCCCGAGGCGCUGCGGGGUGCCCGGCGGCGGCCGCCGCCGCUCCCACCCGGCUCCCCUGCUCGGCGUGGCUGCUGGCUGCCGCCGCACUGACCGCCGUCAAAGUAUCAGCAGUAGAGGUCAACACACCGGAGGAGAUAUUUGUGGAGAAUGGGACAGACGCAAAGCUUCCAUGCACAUUUACAUCUGUGGAAGUGAUCAGCAGCGCAGCAUCUGUUUCUUGGAGUUUCCAACCAGAGGGAGCUGCAACUCGUAUCUCAUUUUUCUAUUACUUUAAUGGAAAGCCAUACCCUGGAAAGGACAUACCAUUUAAAGACAGGAUCACUUGGGCUGGAGAUCUUAACAAGAAAGAUGCUUCUAUCAGUAUAUCAAACAUGCAGUUCCGGGACAACGGCACUUAUAUUUGUGAUGUCAAGAACCCACCUGACAUUGUUGUCAAACCAGGAGAAAUCCGAGUUAGAGUUGUGGAGAAAGACAGCCUGCCUGCGUUCCCCAUUGCCAUGGUGGCAGGGAUAGUCAUCGGUACGGUUACAGGUCUCUCACCGCUGAUCUCUAUUGUCGUGUGUCUUGUCAUCAGAAAGAACAACUCUAAAAAACGAUACUCUGGCUGCAGUACAUCUGAGAGCUUGAUGUCACCGGUUAAGCAGGCUCCGCAGAAGUCGCCCUCCGACACAGAGGGUCUGGUAAACAGCGUGCCCGCCAGAUCACACCAGGGCCCAGUCAUUUACGCGCAGUUAGAUCACUCUGGAGGACAGCACAGCGACAAGAUUAACAAGUCAGAGUCUGUGGUCUAUGCUGAUAUUCGGAAGAACUGAGAUGAGAUCCUAAGCUAUCCAAAGGAAAACACACAUUCAGACUGGAAUUGCUUGAACAAGAUUUGACCCAGAGAACUCACAUGUGGCCUUUGAUGCCUAGGCUAGGACCAAUGCAUGUGCAUACAGAGGGAAAGAUAUAUAUGUAUUGUGUGUAAAUAGUCUAUUUAAUCGUACAGAAGUGAGACCAAUGUUGCAUGUUGAAAUGCGGUAAGACUUUUGCUUAUGAAUUGCCAAUAUUCUUUUUUGUAUCUUGUGUGACGAGAGAGAAAGUGAAAACUCGCAUCACAAUUUUAAAAUAUUUGUACCUUGAUUAUUAACGGAGAAACUGGAAAAUAUCUGAAGAUUCUAGAUUGACCUGGAAAUUAUUUUUUUUUGCUUAUAGGGCCUAAUUUCUUUUGCUGAAGUGAAUAUAAAGAAGGCAUCUUCUUUAUAUUCACAGCCUUCUUUAUGUAUACAGGGUAUUCAACUUUCUUUGGUCAGAUUCUCAGUACAAGCUGCCUUCUCAUAGAAACUAGACACUCUCACUUGGUCUUGUAAGCCAAAUUGUGACUCCUAGCUAUCAGAAAUGUAUGUCUUAGCAGUGUAAGUGAAGGAAAUGUUUAGGCCUACCUGACCUGUGUAACACAGGUCACAGAACUGUUUACUUCUGUAUUGAGCCCAUCUAUUCAAGCUUAGUCCUUUAAGGUACAGGGAUGGUAUUGAUCUAAUGAAUUUUGUGAAAUGGUAGCUUGCCUGUGAAAACUUAAGACCUAGUGAGUUAAAGGGAUAGGAGGCUAUAGCUGUAGGUGGUUGCCUCAGACUCUGUUGAACCUUUCAAUGAAAUGUUUCUUCCUUGAAGCUCUGUCAUUUCAUAUAAGCAUGAAAAUGGGCUCCAAGGGAUCUGGAAGCUGCAGUACUCCCUCACCUCCCUCCCAUGGCUCCAUUAUACCACUGUUACUUUCUUAGAGAUGCUUUAUUUGUUCUUAAAAGCCUGUAGUGGAGGCUGAAUGAGCUCUGGAGGAAAUCUAGGGCUUCACUCUUUGUUUUUUGUGGUUUUUUUUUAAAUGUGCGGUUUUUUAUGUAACCUGUAUUUGCACAGAGAAGGUGGAGGGCAGUUUAUUUCCUUCCUCUCUGCAAGUCUACUACUUGAAUAUAAUCUAGAAACAAGAAACUCGGAAAUUACCUCCUCGUAGAUUGUUAAGGAUCUCUGAUAAUUCUCUUCUGCUGAAGAGGAUCUUUCUUUAACUGACCCGUUUGUAUCCUGAAAUCUGGUGCUCAAAACUAGAAGCGGCAUCCCAGCUGAGGUCUUCUCAGGGUAGCGUAUAGUAGAAGGAUUUCUGUUUUGUACAUCCUAAUGUGGUGUUGGCUUUUUGGUAGCAGCAAAUAAUUUUUGGUUUGGUCUACCAUAACCCCUUCUCUCUGAUUCUAACCCAUUUCCUAGUUCAGUCUGUUUCACAGAAUCAGUCACAGAAUGGCUGAGGUUGGAAGGGACCUCUGGAGAUCAUCUAGUCCAAGCCCGCCCUCCUCAAGCAAGGUUGCCUGGCACUGUCGCCAGUUGGGUUUUGAGUAUCUCCACAGAUGGAAACUCUACAUCAUCUCUGGGCAACCUGAACGCUUAGAGUGAUCAAACAGCAAAAUAAGUGCUUCCUUGUGUUCAGGUGGAAUUUCCUUUUUUUUUUUUUAAGUCUGUCCAUUGCCUCUUGUCCUGCCACUGAGCACUACUGAGAAAAAUAGUGCUCUUCAUUCCCUUCCAUCAAAUAUUUAUACACAUUGAUAAGAUCCAUCCCCAAGCCUUCUCUUCUUCAGGCUGAACAGUCCCAGCUCUCUCAGCCUUUCCUUGUAUGAAAGACACCCCAGUUCCUUUAUCAUCUUUGUGGCCCUGCACUGGACUUGCUCCAGUAAUUCCAUAUCUCUCUUGUACUGGAGCGCCCAGAACUGGACACAGCACUCCAGGUGAGGCCUCACCAGUGCUGAAUAAAGGGGAAGGAUAGAAUAGAAUCAUAGAAUUAUUAAGGUUGGAAAAGACCUCUAGGAUCAUUGAGUCCAAUUGUCAACCCAACACUACCAUGCUUCCUAAACCAUGUUCUGAAGUGCUGUGUCUACACGUCUUUUAAAUACCUCCAGGGAUGGUGACUCCACCACCUCUCUGGGCAGCCUGUUCCAAUGCCUUGAGGAUGAACUCCCUCAACCUGCUGGCAAUACUUUGCCUAAUGCAGCCCAGGAUACCGUUUGCCUUCUGUGCAGCAGGGGCACACUGCUGGCUCAUAUUUAACCUGAUGUCCACCAGGACCCCCCAGGGUCCUUUUCUGCAAAGCUGUUUUCCAGGCAGGCAGCCUGGCAUGUGCUGGUGCAUGGGGUUGUACCUCCCCAGGUGCAGGACUUCGCACUUCUGCUUCCUGAACUUCAUGAAAUUCCGCUUAGCCCAAUUGUCCAGCCUGUCCAGGUCCCUUUGAUUGGCAGCACAACCAUCUGGUGUGCCAGCAACUCCUGGUUUUGUACUGUCUUCAAAUUUGUCUAUACUGUACUUGUUAUGGUUUUUUCAGACCUCAUCUUCAAUAUGUCAGCUGAAAACUUGGUUGGAAUUCUCAUCCUGCCCUCCAGUGAGCUGGCAACACUCUUAGCUUAAUUUUUGCAAACUGAAGUCUACAUUCCAGUGUAACAUCAAGUAAAUGAAAAAUAGUUUUAGGCCUAUGGUAGACCGUUUCAGAACCACAUUAGAAAAUCCUUAGAUUAUGAUAAUGCAACUUUAAUAAUUAUUUUGUGUACAGUGGUGUUUUUUCCCAGCAAAGUUGGGUAUGCCAACACUACAUUCUUUCAUCAGGAUUGGACUUCACUGGUUUCCUGACAACACCUGUCUUUGUUAGAAGCCUCAUCAAGAUCAGGAUGAAUCCUGCUACUGCUGCUUUCCUCAUCUACCAAGCUGUUACUUCACAGAAUCACAGAACGGUUGGGGUUGGAAGGGACCUCUGGAGAUCAUCUUGUCCAACCCCCCUGCUUGAGCAGGCACACCCAGAGCAGGGGGCACAGGAACGCGUCCAGGUAGGUUUUGAAUGUCUCCAGGGAAGGAGACCCCACACCCUCCCUGGGCAGCCUGUGCCCCUGCUCUGGCACCCGCACAGGAAAGAAGUUUUUUACUCAUAUUUAAGUCAAACUUCCUGUGUUCCAACUUGUGCCCAUUGCUCAACAUUUGUGUUACACUGAGCAAGAAAUGAACACUUUUGACAUGGUUGAUGGAGAAACUUGAUUUUGAUCUGCCUGCGUUCAUCCCUGUCCAUCACCAUCUAUCUCUCCAGACAUUUUGAUUAAUGUAGUGAUCAAAAACUUGCUGCUAUGAGAAGAUAGGGCUGUCCUUGGCUAUGAAGUCUGCUAUUAACAGUUGUUUCUUUUCCUGUUGGAAUAUACUGGAGAAUCUGAGCACAGUCCUGAUCUGGUGCUGACUUUAAGAAAUAUGCUGACUAGGUGCUACCUUUAGGAGACACACUGAAUUGGCUGGUGCUAAAGUUAGGAAAUAAGCUGAUCUGGUUGGUGCUGACUAACUUUAGGAAACAUCUCCUUCCAUUGCUUUCGUUUAGCUGUGGGUACGUUCAUAUUGCCUGUACUGAGGAGGCUCAUUGCAAGGCUGCUUGGAUCCUCUUUGUGAAGGCAGAAUGAACUUGGAAGUAUUUUUUGAAAAUGCUGAACAUCUUUUCAUAAAGAAAAAAAGUCCCUUCCCCCAGGAGGAGCAGAAAUCAGUCUGAAUCCCUCUCCAGUGCAACGGCUGUUGAUUUUUACUUUUUCCCUCGUGGAAACACGAACAAUGUAGCUCUUAAAUCACUUAUUCAGGCUGAAGUCGAAAGAACUUGAGGCAAUAUGAGACAACACUUGUGAAUGUCCUGUCCCUCAGGUUAUCUUGGCUUGUUUAAUCAUAUGAUAACUUGUGCUGGUGAAAGGGACUGAUGCUAAGUUUGCUUAAUUAGCAAAGUCUCAGGAGACAGAGGACUUAUACCUCCUUUAUGGGUAGCAAGCAGAGAUUGAAGUCAGACAAGGCCAUCGUAUUCUGAUGUUACGGUGACAAGAAGUUGAACUCUCUUUGCUUUACUGCUAUUCUCUUAAUUCUCUGAUGCUGCUCUUUGCACAUGGAAAGGCACAGCUUGGAUGUGGAGGAACACUAAGAGUGUUGUCCUUGCCCUGUUGUAGUACUGCUGAUAGCUCUUUUUAGGACCGUCUAUUUUAAGAAGUGCUGCAUGGCAGGCUUGCAGCAGCACAGCGGAGGGGUAGGCAGCCUCUCUUGAGGCAGCAGCAGAUGACUAAAACUGUUAAUGUGGGUCAUUGCUCUUGGACAGUGAAGCUGGGGACGGUCUGUGUGAUGUAAAAGACUUGCAAUGAAUUCUCCUUGAUUCAUCACGUAAACAAAACUGGGAUCAAUCUGAAAUCCGUUUCUCAGCUGAGGAGAAAAUAAAAAAGCUUUUCAUGGGUAAAUGUGACCUUCUACCCAUUGUAAAAAGUGCAGUUUUGGACCUGUUAAGCCGACUGGCACCCCCUAGAGCCAGGGAUAUGAAUGGCAUCAUUCAUCUUCCUUGUUUUGAACAGAACUGCAAAGUGGCAAAGUUUUGGCUUUUUACUAACAGUGAUUACAUUCUUCCUUAUUUUUGAUUACCAGAAAUUAAUUUUGAGGAUUACAAAUAAUUAUGAAGUAUUAAUCUAAGUAGAUUGGUAGCUGUACUCAGGACGUCAAAUCUCCUUUGGCCCUUUUGACUUCAGCAGUUGUUCUGUGAGGGAGAUGGUUGGCGUGUUCAUGAAAUAGCAUUAAGAGCCAUUACAGGGUGGCAAGUAUGUCCCUGUAACUAAUUCAACAAUGUGUCAUUUAUAACUGGAGACCUGUAGGGUUUUGUUUUCUUUCAAAGCUUCAACGGAUAUUUCAAUUUGUGACUAGAAGAGCUGGAAUUAGAUUUUUAACUUUUUAAAACCUCUGAGAACUGUUUAGGUAACGAUCUGUCUUGUAGCUGCAGUAAAUAUAUGCAGCUUAGAUGCUGCAUUGCCGUAGAGUGGAUUCACAGAGGUCAAGUGUGGGCUGAUUGAUUUAUAACCACACCACCUUCACUCUGUAUUGAAAUCUUGUCUUGGAAUUUUGCAUUAUUAAUGUAUCUACCUAGGACGUCAAAUACAAAAUGUUCUUAUUCUAUAAUAGGAUAUUUUCUCUUUAAAGCCAUCAAAGCUGAGAAGGUGGGUAAUGCUUCUGGGCUGUGGCCACACUCCUGCGGUGCUAAUAAUUAGGUAACAGUUUUAUAUGGGACAUUACAAAAUCAUAUUAACUAUGCUGAGCAAUUAUACUCUUCUUGAGCCUUCUCUUUCCCUUCUCUUCACUGCCCUUAAGCUAAUAAGCCCUUUCAUGUAAAGGUAUUUUUGCACUCUAAAAAGUAAGUUCAAUGCCUUUGGAGAUCCGUGUGCUGUGCAAUCUUUUCUGUCUCCCUGCAAUGCCAGCUGUUUUUAUGUGGUAAAUGUAAUUGGAAACAUAGACUGGGUACUUCUCUUUUGUAAACCUCUGUCUUGGAGGUACACAAGAGAAAAAACACCUGUAAGACAGGUGUAUAAUCUGUGUGAGGGGGCUAGAUAUGCGUUGCAUGGCCUUAUUACAUCAAGAGCCAGUGUACCAACUAUUAGUGCUUUUCUUUUACAGACUCAUCGGGAAACAGUUAUCUUGGAUAUUUUUUCUUGAAUGGACUUUCAUGUUUUCUAUUGUAAUCUUGUGAAUAUUUUAAUACACUUUUUUUUUCCCAU